GAGAGGUAGAGGUAGAGAGGGGGAGGUUGGGGGGGAGGUUGUGGUUGUUUUAUGUUUUUAAUAAUCAAAAGGUUUUUUGAAUCAGAAAUAGAAAAAAAGAAUGGAUCAAAAUGACAUCUGGAAAUAUUUAAAUUGAAAAUCCUCAAAAUACCCCCGGUUAAAAAUGAGGUUUUUGGACGGAGUUAGUGUAUGUUAUCAAAAUGGCAACUUGUUGGGAAAAGGCAGGGAUCCAGGUGAGAAAAAAAAACUGUUUGGACUAAAAUGGUAAAUUUAGACAAACCUCAGGGACUAAAAUGACAAUUUACUCCAAAUUAUAUAUUCUUUGUUAAAUAAAGAGUAAAUUGCCAAAACCGUUUUAGGCAUGUUUGCCAUUUUCAUCAAAAACAACAUUUUGUAUAAUAAAGUCCUUCACUUUUAUGAUUUUUUACCAUGAAAAUGACAAAAUACCCAAAAUUUAGGGACGAUUUUGGUAAGGUACUCUUAAAUAAAAAUGUUAAAAAAAAAAAAAAUUAUGUGUUAUAACAAAAAAAAAAAAAAAAAAGGUGAAGGUGACUCACCCCUUUAAAGCAGCCAAGACCAAUUCCAUUUCAGGAGUUGCUACAUCACCAUUAUUACCAUUCUAACCUUCAACCACCGUGAACCGCCACCACCACGGGCAACGCAACCUCCUCCCGCAGUCGGAGCCGUAAAUCGGCGAUGGCUGCUUCCGCCUCCGCCGCUUCCAAAACCCUAACUUCUUCCUCAUCCUCAUCCUCCACUUCCUCCGCCCUAACUUCCGUCGAUACAUCCACCGGAUUUCCACCAAAGCCGUCUCUCAGCUCCGAUCAACUCCGUCACUGCGCUCAAGCUCUCAAGUUCCUCAAGGAGAAACAGUCCGAUCAGUAUUCGGUUAUCGAAAAGGAGUUCUCGAUUUUGCAGGAUCAUAGAAUGAGAGCAUCAGAAGUUAAUAGUAGUUGCUCAGUGGCUAAACUUCAUGUUAACUGUAGAAAAAACCGCUACUCAGAUGUCGUACCAUUUGACGCAAACAGGGUUGUUAUCGAUCCAUGCAAAGAUCACAGGCCAUCAACAAUGGGAUACAUCAACGCUAGUUUUAUCACAGCAGAGGCUAAUCCAUCUGAAAAUGUUUCUCGGUUCAUAGCCACUCAAGGCCCGCUUCCCGAAACGUUUGAAGAUUUCUGGGAAAUGGUACUCCAAAAUCAUUGUCCAGCGAUCGUGAUGCUCACUAAGCUAGUUGAUCACAGCAGGAUCCAGAAAUGUGGAGACUAUUUUCAAGCAGAGAACGGUCCACGAUUGUUUGGAAAUAUCUGUACUGUUACCAAAAAAAUAACUACAACUGACACCUCACUAGUUUUGCGUCACAUGGAGGUGAAUCGUGAAGAGUCAGAGGAUCCACCUCUACCUGUCUUGCAUAUUCAGUAUCCCGAAUGGCCAGAUCACGGAGUUCCGUACGACACCUUGGCUGUUCGAGAGAUUUUUAGAAGAUUACGUCAUAUUCCAUCAUCAAAAGGGCCAAUUGUGGUGCAUUGCAGUGCUGGAAUUGGUAGAACCGGAACAUAUUGUGCGAUUCAUAACACCAUCCAAAGAAUUUUAGUUGGUGACAUGUCAGCCUUGGAUCUUGUUAAAACCGUAAGCAGUUUCAGGUCUCAGAGGAUGGGGAUGGUCCAAACAUUGGAUCAAUACGUCUUCUGUUAUGAAGCUAUUAUUGAUGAACUCGAAGACCUUAUCUCCGAUUCCAACGUUCAGAGGAACAAAAAAUGAUUGGCGAUGACUCGACCUAAUCUAAGCUAAUGUUCAUGAAGAACCGGAUAUCAUCGUUCCAUUUUUAACCGAUUUCGAGUUCAGUAACAUGAUUGGUUCUAGUGUUUAGGCAAGGCAUUCUUUGUUAUCCAGUGAAGUGACAUGUUUAACCCUUUUCUCCUAUGGUCUAAUUGAUAUAUUUAGGUGUGUGAUUAGCGAUAAUAGCAACAUGGUUUUAAUUGUGAUUGUGGUCGGUGUUUUAUAAAACUUUUUUUAAGUUCUUGUGUGGUAAUUUCAUUAGUUUAUAUGCUACUUUACGAGAUGAGUGAAAACAUCAUUUACCAAAGUGAAUACAUGGUUAAAGUUCAUCA